AUGUUCUUUGAUCCCUUAUUGCUCCGGACAAUCAGCCGUCGCGGCGAGCUCCAUAUCCAGCUCCACCUGCUCUACGGCUGGCUCAAAUUCUCCCCGCCGAAUACCUCGCCAUCCACCUUCCAGCCCCAGCGCGAUGCUGUUCCCUCCCCACGGUCGCCGUCACCGCGGCGAACAGGCUGCUGCCACCCUCAACUGUUCCAAUGA